AAUUAUUCAAAACAAUCCUCAGUUUUGUUUUGAUUGAUCAAUUAUUGCAUCAAUAGAGUCUUGUUAAAUGAUGUCCCCUGAGCAACAGCUGAAAGCUUUAUCUCAAGAGAUCAAUGAGGAACGUAUAUUUUUCACCGUACACAGUUCAGACACAUGGACAUCGGUUUGUUGCUCUUAGACUCAGCAUCAAAUCAAGCUGCUGCUGAACAACCACUGAGAGAACAUCAGGUACGACGCUUAUGCUGAUUGUUUUUUAGCACAUGUAGAUAUAUGUGAACUUACUGGUGUUGCAUAUUGCUAUGUUUUCAUGUGCUUAGUCAAGAGGAAGAACAUUUAUUCAUGUGUUUUAUUGUCACUGUUGAGGUUUAAUGUGUAAUAACUUGAUUUCACUGUUCUGUAGACUGUGGAGCUUUUAAGCAGAGGCCUUCCUCCAGUUCAACUAUGACUUUUCUCAGGACUUCUUUAAACAACUCUCUCAUCAUUCGUCCUCCAGGCUUCUACAUAGUCGGAUUUGAGACAUUACCCUUCAUUAGUGUCUACUUCAUCUUUCUAUCGUUUGUUUACGUGGUUACAGUGAUGUUCAACAGUUUGGUGAUCUAUGUCAUUGCUUUCAAUCACUGCUUACAUUCUCCAAAAUUUCUGGCUGUGAUCAACCUCGCAGUAAUUGAUAUAGUCCUCAACACGACUACUAUUCCUGGCAUGGUAAAGAUAUUCCUCGUUAAGGACAAUUUCAUUCCAUUCAACUUGUGUUUGGUACAAAUGUUCUCCUACUAUUGUUUUGCAUCUAUGGAGUCAUUUGCACUUGCUAUACUUGCCUACGACAGGUUGAUUGCAAUAUGUUUCCCUUUACGUCACAACUCAGUCAACACUUUGCAGAGCAUGUCUUGUAUUAUUGGCUUUACUUGGUCUUUUUCUGUGGGAGUAAUAGCAUUUUCAACAGGUAUAAUGACUCAGCUCUCAUUUUGUAAAUCUGUCAGAGUGUUCAGCUAUUUCUGUGACUAUGCACCUGUGUUCAGACUUGCCUGUAACGAUUACGCAAUGCAGUGGUCUGCAGCCUCUUUUCUCUCCUUCAUGAUACUCGGAGGACCCUUUGUUUUUAUCAUCCUGUCUUAUGUCACUAUCCUGGUGACAGUGUUUAGAAUGAAAUCUUUGGACAGUCGAGUUAAAGCUCUUGCCACUUGCACUGAGCAUGUCAUCCUUGUUGCUGUAUUUUAUGUUCCUAUCAUCACUAUUUUCACUCUUGGGUUUUUUCUGCGUCUGACUGACCCGGACCAGCGUGUGCUUAGCCUGUCGCUGGCCUCUUGCAUCCCACCCUGCAUCAAUCCAAUAGUCUAUUCUUUGAAAACCAAAGAGAUCAAAAUGAGAGCCGUGGCCCUUGUGAGAAGAAAUGUCAUCGGUACGGACCAACGUAAGAUGAAACCUUUGAGGGUUAAAAAGUCUUUCAGGCUCUAACAACAUGGGUGUUUUUGUUCCCACA